GUACGUGUUGACAGUGGCAUACAACAAGGAAGUGAUAUUAGCAUUUAUUAUGAUCCCAUGAUCUCAAAACUGAUUACCUAUGGCUCUAAUAGAGCUGAAGCACUGAAAAGAAUGGAAGAGGCUUUGGACAAUUACGUAAUUCGAGGUGUGGCUCACAAUAUUUCCUUACUGCGAGAAGUGAUCAUCCAUCCACGCUUUGUUCAAGGAGACUUCAGCACUAAAUUCCUUCCUGAAGUCUAUCCUGAUGGUUUUAAAGGACACAAGUUGACAGAUCUAGAACGAAGGGAACUACUGGCAACAGCAGCAUCUUUGUAUGUGGCUGAACAACUGAGAUCACAACGAUUUCUGGGGACUCCCAGAAUUCCUAUUGCUAAAUCAAAGAGGAGUAGCUGGGAGCUCUCCAUCCGGCUAGGAGAUGGAAUUUACCCGGUUGCUGUUUCAAAGGAUGGCUCAUCAUUUUCUGUGGAAGUUGAUGGGAUGAAACUAAAUGUGACCAGCGAGUGGAACCUGGCUUCACCCUUGUUGUCUGUCACCGUUGAUGGCACUCGGAGGACUAUACAGCGCAUUUCUCGGGGUGCCUCUGGAGAGACCAGCAUUCAGUUUCUAGGCACAGUGUACAAAUUACAAAUACUGACGAAGGUUGCUGCGGAGCUGAGCAAGUACAUGCCAGAGAAAGCAGCAGAGGACACCUCCAGCAUUUUGAGAUCUCCCAUGCCUGGAACAGUGGUGGCAGUUUCUGUCAAGCCUGGGGACACGGUUUCGGAGGGUCAAGAGAUUUGUGUAAUUGAAGCAAUGAAAAUGCAGAACAGUAUGAUGGCUGCUAAAACAGGCAAGGUGAAAGCUGUGCACUGCAAAGCUGGUGAUACUGUUGGAGAAGGAGAUCUGCUGGUGGAGCUGGAAUGAAAGGUUACCUCCACACCAUUGAAUUAACUAAGCCUUUAUUAUAUUCAUCUGUAAAGUAACAUUAAGGCAAGUCAACACAGAAUAGACAGUUGUACGCACAAGAUUUUAUACAGGCAUAUUUACUGUAUCAGUGGUUAAGACAGCAAACACAGAUGUUAAACCUUGGCAACAGAUCCCAGAUUUUUACUUCCACAAAUACUUGUACAUAACCUUUGUAACGCUUUGAUUUUUCAGGAUCAAAUAAAAUCAAUAAAAUACCAUUUCUGCUGUAAAA